GCUCUUCCAGAGGUCGAAAUGGCCCGUGCGCCUUCACGUUGCGACGACCAGGCUGCCUGGUAGCCUCAUUGAUGAGCUAAGGACCUCCCUCCACACUCGACUGAAGCAACUAUCAACCUCUACAAACAUACCAGCUUCACCGAUUAUCACGACGGCCGCUUGACGAUAGCUCGGUCAAAUAGAGAAUAGUCCAUUCUCACGCUUUUGGGACUCAUAAUUCGCAAAAUCAGCGUUGGUGCAGCAGUACGCGCCAACAGAUUAAGGCUGCAGGCAAGCUAGCUUCAGUUGCUGUGCACGUCACCCAUACACUUAGAUUCCACCGACAUAAAAUACAAAGCCCGCCAUCAUGAGCAACGAGACCAUUUCCGAUUUUCUUGCCGAGCAGCGCGAUGAAGCUCCCGAGGAGCUCCAACCUCUCAUUCUCGACUUUGAGAACUUCUGGGAGCGCAAGCUUUGGCACCAGCUCACUGACGCCCUCGUCGAGUUCUUCAGCCACCCCGAGAGCGCCCCUCAACGACUACCAUUCUACAGAGUCUUUAUUCUCAAGUUUGCCGACAAGAUCAACCAAUUGAAGCUUGUGGAACUAGCAUUGAAGGCAGCAACAGAGUGUGAAGAAGACGAGCAGCGCCUUUCUUUCCUGCAAUCAGUGGCCAAGAAGGUCGAUAACGAGAACUCUCAGGAUGCUUAUGUCUAUGCCUUGGUUGCUGUCGCCCAAGCAAAGCUGGACUUGGAGGAGCUAGAUGCUGCGCGAAAGGAUCUGGAUACAGCCGAGCGGAUAUUGGACUCUUUCGACUCUGUAGAGAAUGUGGUCCAUGCUGCUUUCUAUGAUGCAAAUGCCAUCUACUACCAGCGCAAGAUGGACUUCUCCAACUACUACCGUACUGCCCUCCUCUACCUUGCCUGCAUUGACCUCAAUGCAAUGACUCCUGAGGAGCGACACAAGAGAGCCUACCAUCUCAGCAUUGCUGCCCUUGUUUCAACAAGCAUCUACAACUUCGGAGAGCUCCUGCUCCACCCCAUCCUUGACGUCCUCGCCAAGAGCGAGCAUGCCUGGAUGCGUGAUCUGCUAUUUGCCUUUAACCGUGGAGACCUCGAUGCUUAUGACCAGCUGUCUGAUCGCGUCGAGUCCAACAAGCUUCUUAAGAACAACGCCACGCAUCUUCGACAAAAGAUCUACCUUUCCGCAUUGACUGAGGCUGUCUUCCGCCGUCCUCCCCACGACCGCACCCUCACUUUUGCCACUAUCGCUCAGGAGACCAAGGUUCGACCCGAAGAGAUCGAGCAUCUCAUCAUGAAGGCCCUUAGCCUAGGUCUGUUGCGAGGAACUAUUGACCAAGUGGACGGCGUUGCUCAAAUCACCUGGGUUCAGCCCAAGGUGCUCGACAUGAAGCAAAUCGCCGCAAUGCGCCAGCGACUGCUUGACUGGGACUCGAGCGUCAACCAACUCGGUAACUGGAUUGAGUCGGCUGGCAAGGAUGUGUGGGCUGCGUAGAGGAGUUCUCGACAGGAGUACGGUCUAGGGAACGUACGGCAAUCAAAACGAACAAAUGUACAGUAUAGACGAAUAGAAACUUUACUGUGGGCAGAUGAUGAUCUUUUGCCCAAGUCAAGACUAUUAAUUCUAAAUUUCGCCUAAUCUAUGUGCCCUUGUUUAUUACCUAAAAAUCAGAACCACCAUUAUGGUGGCGCAAUGCAUGCUUUGUUUCCUAUUUUACAGUCCGAAUCCCUAAUUUUCUUCAAGCAGUAACCUCUCCGAAGACAUUGACCAUGCCCACGAGCCAGGCUGGCCACCAAAGGCACCAUACCACAACGGGUGUAUACAUGCCCCAGACGUUCCAGCCGAAGCUGGCCUCCUUCAACAGAUCCGCGAUACUGAUGUCCCAGAUUUGGGCCGCUGCGUACAAAACUGUAGGUGGUGACACGACAUUAAGGAGACCUGCUAGAGACCAGCGAAGGCCCCGGUUCUUGACCGGCUGGACAAAGCUGAGCGGGCUUGAGAGUACGCCGAUGAGAAAAGCGAGAGAAAAAUUGAGAGUUGCAAGAGUAGAAAGACACAUGCCAAGAACGAGAAGAGAGAAGGACUUUGUGAGUUGGAAGUGCUGCAUCGUGGGCUUGGUGACAAGGGUUAGGAGACGCGAGAUCGCGAAGGGCAAGAUAGCCGAGAUGACAGAGAAUGCAGCAAAAGUGGGCGAGAGUAACUAGAGGUAAUCAGUAUAAGACUCGAAGAUGAUGAUAUUGGGG